AUGUCUGGAACCUCAGAGCACACCAAAGACACAGCGCGCGUUGUUGCUGGCCUGAAAGCGGCUGUCCACAACCCUAAUGUAUCAAGCGAAGCAAAGGAAAACGCCUUGAAACGCCUCGAAGAGAUGGGUCAGUCAGCAGACCCCAUUACGCCAGCGCAGACAAAGGCUACUCAAUCAGCAGCGGCCGAGGCACAUGAAAAGAACGUUCUCCGGGGCUACAAAGCAGCGACUUCUAAUCCCCAUGUUUCAGAGGAAGCUAAGAAACACGCCAGAGAAGUGCUGGACGCCGCUGGUAUCCAGCACGAGCUUGAUACUUCACAUUCAGAAGAGGAACAUCAGCAUCGUGUCCUUGCUGGAUAUAAGGCGGCCAUCCAUAAUCCAAACGUUUCAGCUGCGGCGAAGGAGCAUGCCAGAGAGUUUCUUGCAGAUAGUGGCGUUACCGAUCUGGAUUGA